AUGUCGGAAAUUUCCCGGGACGUCCUUUUUUUCCCCGAGUCUCAGCGGCCAUUCCUGGAGCCUCAUCUUCCGCCUCUAGAUGGCGAGAGCAAGAGUUCCAACUUACCGUUUACCACCCUAACUUUUGCUACCUCGUUGGACUCAUCUCUUGCCAUCGCGCCGGGUGUUCGGACAACUCUGUCGGGGCCUCAAUCCAAGGCAAUGACGCACUACCUACGCUCUCGUCAUGAUGCUAUCUUGAUUGGUGUUGGGACUGCGCUCGCCGAUAACCCCGGACUGAACUGCCGAUUGAAAGGUGUAGGCGGGUAUGGUGGCCAGGACCUUCGAGGACAACCCAGACCCAUCAUUAUUGAUCCUACAGCUCGAUGGGAAUUCACGGAACAGGCCAAGAUUCUGGCACUUGUCAGGGAAGGCCGUGGACGAGCUCCCUACAUCAUUACCGGGAAUCCAUCACCUCCAGCGAAGCAAAAGCAGAUUCUCGAGGAGCACGGCGGAAAGUACAUUACACUCAACACCACAUCUACAGAGACAGAAGCUCAUCGUUUUGACUGGACUGCGAUUCUCGGGAGUCUGACAAACGAGGGCUUUAGAAGCGUUAUGAUUGAAGGCGGUGGCGCUGUCAUCAAUACCUUGUUGGAACAAUCAUCCCAGGGACUGGUUGACAGCGUGAUUCUUACUAUCGCCCCAACGUGGCUUGGCCAAGGUGCGGUGGUUGUGUCGCCCAAACGACGGUUUGAUGCGGGAGGCAACGCUAUUCCAGCCUCACGUUUAAGGGAUGUAAAGUGGUAUCCCUUUGGUGAAGAUGUUGUGCUUUGUGGGAAGAUCAAGCUCUAA